CAUCAAUUCUUUAUACCAAAACAAAAUAUUGCACAUUUUCUCUGUUUUUUUCUCUUUUUGCUCUGUUUUUUUUCCUUUAGAGAAAUGAGUCUGGCAGCGAAAACUGUAUGUGUAACAGGAGCUUCAGGUUACAUAGCUUCAUGGCUCGUCAAAUUCUUGCUACAUCGUGGUUAUACUGUUAAGGCUUCUGUUCGUGAUCCAAAUGAUCCCAAGAAAACGCAGCACUUGCUUUCUCUUGGUGGGGCCAAGGAGAGGCUUCACUUGUUCAAAGCAAAUCUGUUAGAAGAAGGUUCAUUUGACGCUGUAGUUGAUGGAUGUGAAGGUGUAUUCCAUACAGCAUCUCCUUUUUACUACUCUGUUACAGACCCACAGGCUGAAUUACUUGAUCCUGCUGUUAAGGGAACGCUCAAUCUUCUCGGUUCAUGUGCCAAAGCACCAUCAGUAAAACGAGUUGUUUUAACAUCUUCCAUAGCUGCAGUUGCUUAUAGUGGUCAGCCUCGGACACCUGAGGUUGUGGUUGAUGAGAGCUGGUGGACUAGUCCAGACUACUGCAAAGAAAAGCAGCUCUGGUAUGUCCUCUCAAAGACAUUGGCUGAGGAUGCUGCAUGGAAGUUUGUGAAGGAUAAAGGCAUUGAUAUGGUUGUAAUAAACCCUGCUAUGGUUAUUGGUCCUUUGUUACAGCCUACACUUAAUACCAGUUCUGCUGCAGUCUUGAGCUUGGUAAAUGGUGCUGAGACAUACCCAAACGCCUCUUUUGGGUGGGUUAAUGUGAAAGAUGUUGCAAAUGCACAUAUUCUUGCAUUUGAGAACCCUUCAGCUAAUGGGAGAUACUUGAUGGUUGAGAGAGUUGCACACUAUUCUGAUAUAUUGAAGAUAUUGCGUGACCUUUAUCCUACGAUGCAACUUCCAGAAAAGUGUGCUGAUGACAACCCAUUGAUGCAAAAUUAUCAAGUAUCAAGGGAAAAGGCAAAAGGCUUGGGUGUUGAAUUUACUACCCUUGAAGAAAGCAUCAAAGAAACUGUUGAAAGUUUGAAGGAAAAGAAGUUUUUUGGAGGCUCAUCUGCUAUGUAAAAGGCUUCUCAAAGGUUUUAUGGUUGUUGAACAAUGUUGCCCUCCCACCCCACACAAUCUUUUUGAUCUUUUGGCUAAUUUUAGAAUUGAGAAGUCGAAUGUUAUAUCCGUUAAUAAAUUUCGAUCAGACGUGGUUGAAAUUUGUUAGUUUCUAUAUCUAGAGAUCUUCAUGGAUUUUUUUUUCAUGGAUUGGUCUUUCGUAAGUUUGGUGUUUAAUUUUUGACCUCGUGAAAAAAUGGUGUGUAAAAAUAUACAUUCGCCAAGAAUUUCUCCUCUUA